GAGUGGAUCCCGGUGCAUGUCAACAAUGCCAAAGGCGACAUCUCAGUUGGCGUUAUAACUAUCGAAGGCAAACAGAUUUUAGGAAAAGUCGACAUCAAGAACGAAAAAUCUGCAGCUGGAUUCGGUGGCAAAGAAAACAUGCUAGUCGGACCCGCUUGUGCCAGCAAUACGGUAGUCCUGUGCCGUAAAGCAAAGCCUGGUUAUAAAUUCGAUUAG